AUGGCGCUGCACCCGCUCGCGUGGACGUACGGCUGCUUGGACACGAGCGUCUACGAGCGUCGCGCGCCGCGACCUUUUGUCAUGGCCCGCGACUCGUUCUUAGCGCCAACCGCCAGUGUCCGCCGCAUCUCGUGUACUUUGCAGCCCAAUUUUACGCUCUACACGCUGCUCGUUGUCGACAUGUCCGAGUUUUUCGUGCUCCGAAAGCGCUACUCGCAGUUCUACGCGCUCCGAAAAGCUCUGCGUAAGCGCUAUACCACGGCGCCACCGGCCAUCCGCGCGCUCUUGCAGCCCGUGCUCAACAUGCCCUUUCCGCGGCGCUACCUCGGGCCCGACGACGCGCUCAUUCGCCUUGAGCGGCAGCGCGGGUUCCGUGACCUCAUUGGACCCUUGCUGCUGUUGCGCCGAGGUCUUCCCGCCACGGACGGAGUCGCGGCAGUGAUCGAGGCCUUCUUUUGCGAGUCGACCACCAGAGACUACCCAUCCUGCGUCUCUGUCGCCAGCUGUAUGGACGACUGUGCAAUCUGCCUCGACCCACUGGACCCGUUCGGGACCGACAACCCGUGGCAUGUUCGGGCGAGGCGUCGACUGCAGCUACCGUGCGGCCACGAGCUCCACGAAGAUUGCGUGGCGCCCUGGCUCGAGCGGCGCACAACGUGCCCGCUCUGCCGCGUCCAGGUUACGUCGGGCCGCGUGCGCAUGCGUGGCAUCUCGAUGGACCGACUGCAGUAA